AUGGCGUCCUCUCCGCCGAAAGACCCGUUGAUCAUGAUCAUAGGUGCAACCGGCACGGGAAAGUCAAAGUUAGCCGUCGAACUGGCAACACGUUUCAACGGCGAAAUCAUCAACUGCGACGCUAUGCAGAUGUACAAGGGUCUGCCAAUAAUCACGAAUAAGAUUCCCGAGAACGAACGCAAUGGUAUCCCGCAUCAUCUGCUUGAUUUUAUUGACCUCAGGGAACAGCCUUGGAGCGUGCAGCAUUUCGUGAGAGAAAGCUCUCGCAUCAUCGACGCAAUUCGCGCAAGAGGCAAACUACCUAUCAUAGUAGGUGGCACUAUCUACUACACUUUCUCGUUGUUGUUCAAUGACGCCAUCCUGAGUACAGCCGAUGGCGACUUCGGGGAGGGCUCACAUAUUGAAUCGGCCGAUAAAGCCGCAGCAGACUUUCCCAUUCUGUCAGCUCCUACAGAAGAGAUCUUUGCAAAGCUGCGUGAGGUGGAUCCCGAGAUGGCCAGAAGAUGGCAUCCGAACGACAGGAACAAAAUCCGGCGGUCGCUCGAGAUAUACCUGAAGAGCGGCAGGAAAGCUUCGAACAUCUAUGCUGAGCAACGACAGUCGAUCGCGGAAGAUCGGGACGGUGAUGAUGCCAAAGAUAUCCAACCUACCCGAGACAACGCCACAGCCGAGCGCAAGAUGUCUUUACGGUAUCCAAGUUUGAUAUUAUGGUUGGAAGCUGAAGAUGCAGUACUGAAGCAGAGAUUGGAUGCCAGGGUAGAUGCCAUGGUUGCAGAUGGUCUAUGUGACGAAGUGGUGCAGAUGGCCAAGUUCGCAUCAGACCUGAGAAACCAAAGUCAAUCUCUGGACCUGACCAAAGGCAUAUGGGCCUCAAUCGGCUACAAAGAGAUGAAGCCAUGGCUGGAGGAGCAGCAGGCAUCAGGUAUUGAUUUUGCAAGACUAGUCGCCGCAAAAGAAGAGGGCAUCGAAGCCGUGAAAGCCAGCACUAGACGCUAUGCGAAGCGCCAAAACCGGUUCGUUCGCAUUCGGUUGGCAAAAGCUCUGAACGCUGCUGGCAGGUAUGAACUGCUGUAUCUCCUAGAUUGCACCGACCUGACGCGGUGGCCAACCACCGUGGGAGGGCCUGCGGAAGGACUGCUAGAAGCUUUUGUUCAGGGCCAUGAAAUGCCUAGAGCGAAGACUCUCUCGGACAUGGCAGAGAACAUCCUUUCACGUAUCGAGCAGGAUAGCAUGGUAGGCGAUCGUCAGGCCCGGCAUUGUGUGGUAUGCAACAAAACUCUCAUGACCGAGAAAGAGUGGAACGGCCACCUCGCAAGCCGCAGUCAUAAGAAGGUCAUUGCUUGGCAGCGCAGACGGGAGCUGCUGUCAGUGCAAGAUCGCACCCAAAGAGAAGGGUCUGUUCGGCGUCAGAGCCAGCCGGGAUAA